GCUCUCAAUUACUCUCAAAUUUUCUCUCGCUUUCUCUCGUUUUCUUUCUCUCUUUCUCCAUAACCAAUCCAGUACCCUGUUCAUGAUUUUUUUCUUUCCCAUUUAUGAUACUGUUCAUCUCACUCCUUUGCAGCUUUUGAUCCGUUCUUUACAGACAAACUUAUUGUUUCUUCAUCAUUUUGUUCCUCUGUUUUCUUGGAUAGAUUUCCCAUGAAUAGAUUGGAGAGAGCAUUGAAAGAAAACCCAUCAUUUUCAUCAUCUUUGCUUGAGAAAAUUUACAGAUCUAUCGAUGAAGGUGAUGCGGAGCGAGAGGACUUGAAAUUUUACACGGAAACAAUGCAGAGGAAACAGAGCAAAGGCGGCGGGAGAAGCAGAGGAGGGGAGGAGGAGAUGUCGAGUUUUCAACGAGCUUGUUUGGUGGAGAAAUGGAUGGAGAAGAAGGUCAGGGAAAAGGCAAAUGCGGAAAGGAAACAGAUUUUAACUGAAUUUGAGAGAAAACCACGUCGUGGUGGUGGUGGCUAUGACCGUCACGAUCGCGAUCAGGAUGCUGUUUUCUUUAGCUCCACUUCGAGUUCCACGGAUUCCAGUUCCGGUGAUUUCUCAUCGUCGGACACAGAAUCUAUGUACGGGGCGAAAUCUAGAAGGUUGUGUUUUGCGCCUUCUAGACCAAAGCCUGUUCGGACCAGUGCGUCGGCGCGAGAGGAGAAGCCGCCAAGAGCUGGGAAAACAGAGAGGACUCUGUUUUACGAACAGAGAGAGUUGCAUAUGUUCGAUGAUUACCACCAUUACAGUUCUGCAACCGACAACACCCCAAAGUUCGAUGAAAAUCUCAUCAAGUCAAAGUCAAGAGCCAUGAAAAUCUACAGUAAUUUAAAGAAGGUGAAGCAGCCUAUUUCACCUGGUGGACGCCUGGCGAAUUUCAUCAACUCUUUGUUCGCCGCCGGAAAUGCAAAGAAACCCAAGAGUUCUGCUUCGAUUUUAAGCUGUGACGAAGAAAGAAAAGCGAAAUCAGGGCAGGUGUCGACAUGUUCUUCGGCUUCCUCGUUUUCUAGAUCAUGUCUGAGUAAGAAUUCCCCGGGUACGAGAGAGAGAUUGCGCAAUGGUGUUAAACGGACUGUAAGAUUUUACCCAGUUAGUGUAAUCGUGGACGAAGAUUGUCGACCAUGUGGGCAUAAAAACUUAUACGAAGAAGAAGAAGAAGAAGAAUCGUCCAGAUCAAUGGCGGUUUCGGUACCGUCGGCGUGGAAAAUAGGAAGAUCACCGACGAAAACAACGGCCGAUGACGAGCUGAAAUUUCAUGUAAUGGAGAAGAGUAGGCGAGUAGAAGAAAUGGCGAGAGAGUUCUUGAAAGGGUAUCAUCAAAACCAAAAGAAGAACGAACUGUUUCAGAGGGAAACUCCCUUCAAUUAUGAAGACAACGAGGACGAAGACGAGGACGACGACGCCGCUAGCUAUUCCAGUUCAGACUUGUUCGAGCUCGAUCACCUCACCGUGAUCGGAAAAGAUCGGUACCGGCAAGAACUUCCGGUGUAUGAAACCACUCAUAUCAAUACAAAUCGUGCCAUUGCUAAUGGCAUCAUGAUGCAGCCUUAAUUACAACAUAAUUCAUAGAAUUAACCAAAAAUUUUUGUUCUUUCAUGGGUUGGUUUUGUAACUUUUGUUCAUUCUGAUGAUUAGACUGAAAAAUUUUAACAUCAGACAGAAGUAAAGUGGUUGAUCAUGU